AGCUUAGCUAACUAAUUUUGUCUCCUUUCUGAUUUUGACAAACAAUGUUCAAACUGAAACAUGGGCUCUGUUCCUGCAGACCUGCUGGAUAUUUCCAGAAUUUUCCGUAUUUUAGAUUUCCAGCAAUGGUAGGCAUUUAUUGGCUUCCCUUGGCUGGCAGCUUGGCCACUGGGUCUGUGAAGGCAGUCACCUGUGUUGGCACAUUUUGUAUCCAAAAAUCUGAGCAGUUUUCCAGAUGUAACUUUCAAUGCUCUAUGAAAAAAAUCCCAUUUCUUAAACUGACACUUCCUCAAUUUGGGCGAAAAUGCUGUUUGUAUUCAUAACCACUUGUUGAAUCUGCCUGCUGACUUGUUGCGUUUGUUGUGUAUUCCCCGCCAACAAUUUGCCUUGUCACCGCUGAUAUCAACCGUGUCAGAUAAGCCUCACCACUGAAUUAUUAACUUUCUCCAAAGCUGUGCUGUGGAGCCAAAAGCCAUGCAGUGAGCUGAUCAUUUGAUUUCAUCUUAAAAGUUUCUCUUCAUAACAGUCUUCCAAAUUACAAUUAGAAAGGGUGAUGGACUCCUCUGAAGGUGGCAUAUUUAGGAUUUCAAAGCAGUGUGAAGGCUCAACCUAAAAGCUUCGAAUCUAUAAGAAUUUUUCGUAAAAGUUGUUAGAUUCUAAGAUUAAAUUUACUCCUAAAAUCGAAAUACCACACAUAGAGUCACUGAGGUUCAUCUGAAUUUGACAAUAGCAGUCAAAGAACAGAGAACAGAACAGUAUAGUACAGGAACAGGCAGAACAGAAAGCAGUACAGCACAGGAACAGGCAGAACGGAGAACAGUACAGCACAGGGACAGGCAGAACGGAGAACAGUACAGCACAGGGACAAGCAGAACGAGGAACAGUACAGCACAGGGACAAGCAGAACGAGGAACAGUACAGCACAGGGACAGGCAGAACGGAGAACAGUACAGCACAGGGACAGGCAGAACGAGGAACAGUACAGCACAGGGACAAGCAGAACGAGGAAAUACAGCACAGGAACAGGCAGAACGCAGAACAGUAUAGUACAGGAACAAGCAGAACGCAGAACAGUACAGCACAGGAACAGGCAGAACGAGGAAAAGUACAGCACAGGAACAGGCAGAACGAGGAACUACAGCACAGGAACAGGCAGAACGCAGAACAGUAUAGUACAGGAACAAGCAGAACGCAGAACAGUACAGCACAGGAACAGGCAGAACGAGGAAAAGUACAGCACAGGAACAGGCAGAACGAGGAAAAGUACAGCACAGGAACAGGCAGAACGAGGAAAAGUACAGCACAGGAACAGGCAGAACGAGGAACUACAGCACAGGAACAGGCAGAACGAGGAACUACAGCACAGGAACAGGCAGAAUGCAGAACAGUACAGUACAGGAGCAGGCAGAACGGAGAACAAUACAGCACAGGAACAGGCAGCUAACCCACAUUAUCAUGUAGGUUAAACAAUUGAUUAAAUGUCUAAUUAAACUAAGCCCAUCUGUCUGAACAGAAUCCGUCUUUCUCCUUUCUGUGCACAAUCAUGUGCCAAGCUAACAGCAAUUUAAAUGACUCUAUUGUAUUUUCCUCCUCCACUCCCACUGGGAACACAUGACGCAUAACCAAGAAGGAGAUUAAUUUGUAAUGCGGCUGCAAAUGUGAAACGUAUUAUCAUUCAAACUACCAACAGAGUGAUUUCAGGAAGCAAGACAUAGACUGGAGAAUAGGUUCCGUUGCCAAGGCCUGGCAUAUCCACACACAAACACACACACACACACACACACACACACACACACACACACACACACACACACACACACACACACACACACACACACACACACACACACACACACACACACGCACACGUGCACACACACACCCUGUCAUUAUGAAAUCCUGCCGCAUUCUCAUUACCACACUGAGUACAAUGACAUGAGCAACACACCGAGAGAUCUGUUGAAAGAGAAUCUCGAUCAGCUUCAGUGUCACUUCACGUGGGCCCCGCAGAAAGGAACCGUUGACUUGGAAGAUAUGAUGUACAGAUUGCAAGAUUCUAUAAGACUAAAUUUGAAGUAUAAAGCUCACUCCUGCAACCAACUCGCUUUUGUAAACUGCCUGAAGGGCAACUAUGAAAAAGCAAUUCAAAACUUAAAGGAAGCUGAAAAGAUUCUGAGGGAGGAUGAAUUUGAAAGAAGAAGCAUCAUCACCUAUGGAAACUUUGCCUGGGUGCAUUACCACAUGGGACAACUGACCGAGGCCCAGUCCUAUCUCGACAAGCUGGAGAUGAUCUGUAAACCGCUCAGUGAUGGCCCUCGCUAUACAGCAAUGAUACCCGAGGUGUACGGGGAGAAGGGAUGGUCACUGUUAAGAUCUACAGCUCGAUAUUAUGAGGAGGCAAAGGAAUGCUUUGAGAAGGCUCUGGAAGAAGAUCCUGAUAAUGUGCAAUGGAACAUGGGAUAUGCCACUGUACUGUUUCGGUUGGAAGCAAUUUUUGGAACCAAAGAGAAUCGUGAACAGAGUCAGUCAGUGAAGCAUCUGCGUCGUGUGUUAGAGCUUGAUCCCGAUGACUCACUGGCCAUGGUUCUGUUGGCUCUAAAACUUCAGGAGCUGAAGAAAAAGAAUGAAGCAAAUGAAUUAGUUGAACAAGCAUUGCAGAAAACCUCUGAUUAUCCAAAAGUGCUUCGCAAUGCUGCAAAAUUUUACCGAAAAGAAAAAGAUGUGGAAAAAGCAGUCAUGUUGUUGAAGAAAGCAUUAGAAAUUUCCCCACAUUCUAGUGUCCUGCAUGACCAAAUAGGCAUGUGUUACAGAAUCAAACUGCUUGAAUUAAUUGCCAAUCCUCUGAGCAAGGAUCCUCAGAACCCAGAAUUCCAACAAAAAGCAGAGUUGUUCAGUGAUUGCAAGUAUCAUUUUGGAAAGGCAUUUGAGCACCGUCCAAAGACAGCUGUUAAAUCACAACUGGAUUUUGCAGACAUCUGUGUUAGAAAUGGAGAGUAUUCCAAAGCAGACGAGAUCUACAGUAAUCUGCUAAAAUUAGAUGAAACUCGCCCAGAAAAUGUGCAGCAUAUAAAUUUAAAGGCUGGUUUAUUUCAUCUAUUCCGGAGGAAAUCUGAAGAUGAAGCUAUCACAUUGCUAAAGAAAGCAUUGAAGAUUGAAAUUCACACAAACAUAUGGAAAAAUGCUUAUGAGCAUUUGGAGAAAUGGGCAAAUAAGAAACUUUAUAGCAAUCCACAUGACAGCAUGGCCCUUGGUGCCAAAGGGCUACUGCAUCAACUGGUUCACAACAAGUCCAAAGCUAUUGAAUGCUAUGAAGAAGCCUUGCAGUUUGAUCCUGGCAAUGAAGAAUAUCUCAGUGCUCUUUGUCAACUACGCCUUACCCUGGAGGACCAUAAUGAUGUUUGAAUGGUGAAAUGAUUUUACUGGAUUGGAGGACAGAUCUGUAGGAUUUUGUACUAAAUAUAUUCUGUUCAUGAAUGAGGGUUUUACUUGUGAAUAUGUUAUUUUAAAAAACAAUGUUAUUGUAACUAUAUCUAAUCCCUGUGUUUAUUACAAAGAGAGUGACACUUCUAGUCCUGUGAAUAAAUUAAGUUU